GCACUGUCCUUUUCCCCGUCGCCUUACUCCAAGGGUAGGGGGUGUGCGAAGGCGGGUGUAAAUCUAUGCUUAAAAGUUCAUACAUUUAUUCUAGUUCACACAUAUUCAACCCACUUUUCCCCUUACGGAUAUUUUUUUUUUUUUUUGUGGAAUUUCCAAGCAACGUAAUUUGAGCCAAGAUGAUUGACACAGUGACAGGACCAGCAGCACUGCCUUUUGCAGUCCAAUUGAAGGCCUUAACCGACCUGGAAGGCCGCUACCAGCCAAAGCUAAGCGGUUUGAGGAUCAUCGAGAGCGCACAGGACAAUGGGAUCAGGAUGACGACCAGACUGCGAGAGCUGGAGGUGAAGGACCUGCUCACCCUAACCAGGUUCUUUGGUUUCAGCUCAGAGACGUUCUCUCUGGCCAUCAGCCUGCUAGACCGCUUUCUCUCGGUCAUGAAGAUUCAGCCAAAGCACCUGUCCUGUGUGGGUCUCUGCUGCUUCUACAUCGCUGCUCAAUCUUCAGAAGACAAGAAAAGUGUCCCCCUCGCCGCCGACUUGAUCCGCAUCAGUCAGAACCGCUUCACCGUGUCUGACAUGAUGCGGAUGGAGAAGAUCAUUAUGGAGAAAGUCAACUGGAAGGUGAAGGCGCCCACUUCUCUGCGCUUCCUGCGCCUCUUCCACAGUUAUGUCCAAGAGCAGCUUGGCACUGAGAGUGACGACAUCCUGAGCCUUGAUCGACUGGAGGCUCAACUGAAAGCUUGUCACUGCUCUUUUGUCUUUUCCAAGUUGAAGCCCUCUCUGCUUGCUAUGGCUCUCUUGUGUUUUGGGGUCGAGGACCAACAUGACCCGCAGCACAGCGAGAACAUUUCUGAGGCCCUGAACAAUCUGCAGAAGCUACUGACUAUCAAAGAUGGCGAUCUUGUUUGUGUGCGGGAGUUGGUGGGGAAAUGCCUGACUGAAUACGCCGCCGCCAAGUGCUCCAGGCCGAACAGCCAGAGACUUCGCUGGACAAUUUCGGGAAGAACCGCUCGCCAGCUGAAGCACAGCUUCUACAAGAUCACUCAUCUUCCCACCAUACCCGAGUCUGCCUGCUAAACUUCCGGCCACCGCGCCGUCACCUGACGCCCCAAAUUAUUCUUUGAUUGGAUGUAAUUUAUCAGGUGAGCCGGCUCACAAAACAUCUCUGUUUUUACUUAAAGAUCCUCAUCAGUGAGAUGGCGUUCUUUAAGUUAAAACUGUUUCACUAUAUUACUAAAAACUAUUCUAGUCACUUUUCCUUUUUGCGGGUGUGCGAGUGCACGAGUAUGAUCUUGUUCAAAUCCGUACCAUGGUGUAUUUCCUGGAACGGGUUGUUGGUUUUAAGCUAAUAAGUAUUGAACCACCUAGGUCCUCAGUCCACCAUGUGGAAGAGGAGGGAGAAGGAUUUUGAGAAAUACAAAUAUGGAACCAAGAAAUCGGGCCCAAAAUCCUUAACUUCCACCCUAGGUUGCGAAACUGUCUUGAAUGCACACUCCUCCUUCCUACCCAAGGUGAUUUUUUUUUCCCCCCGUCAAAAAGCAAGUUGAAGCUAUUGUUGAACCCACCGCAUACGGUUAACGUGUGCGGUCUUCAGCUGUUAACGAUGAGUUGUUCUCGCCAUUUGAUGCAUACGAUGGCACAGAGUGAAGCGCCACACGUUUUGGAAUUUGCAUUGCCAGUUUCUUUAUGUUGUAUGCCAAGUGUCACUUUGACUUCAAAAUGACUGAAUACACCAUCUAAAGAUGUUCUUGUACCUUUCAAUAAAACAUUAUUGAAAAGCUA